AUGGCUGACACAGUAACAAUUCUUCAUUUCAACGAUGUCUAUAACAUCGAACCACGCUCAGAUGAACCGAAAGGAGGAGCAGCAAGGUUUGCAGGAUAUGUAAAAUCCUGCCAAGGCCUAAAUCCACUUGUCUUAUUUAGUGGAGAUAUUUUCAACCCGUCCCUAUUGAGUGUUUUCACUCAAGGAGAACAAAUGGUUCCAAUAUUAAAAGCCUGUCAGGUGAAAUGUUCCGUCUUCGGCAAUCAUGAUUUUGAUUUUGGUGUUGACCGUCUCAUGGAAUUGGUCGAAAGAACUGAUUUCCCUUGGCUCAUGAGUAAUGUGGUUGACAACAUCACAAAGAAACCCUUGGCAAAUGGUUCAGUAUCAUACAUGUUGGAAUGGCAAAACAGGAAAAUAGGUUUGAUUGGACUUGUCGAAGAAGAAUGGAUCGAAACAUUAGGAACCCUUGACCCAGAGGAUGUCACAUUCAAAGAUUUUGUUGUAGUAGGAACACAGGUAGCUAAGGAACUGAAAAAAGAUGGAGCAGAUGUUGUGAUUGCCCUAACGCACAUGAGAUGGCCAAAUGACAUACGAUUGGCUGAAGAAGCUGAAAAUAUAGACCUCAUUCUUGGGGGCCAUGACCAUGAAUAUGGUCUAAAAGAGGUAAAUGGUCGCUAUGUGCUCAAAAGUGGAACAGAUUUCCGUAACCUGAGUAAGGUGUUAUUGGAAUGGCCAACCUCAGGGCCAGGGGAGGUCAAAAUAACAGUAGAACGCGUUGAUCUUGAUUCAUCAUAUCCCGAAGAUGAUGAAACUAAAGAAAUUGUUACUAAUUAUUUAAAUAUUGUUGGUAGCAAAUUAGAUGAAGUUCUAGGAAAUAUCUCUGUACCAUUGGAUGGAAGGUUCACCGCAGUGCGCACAAGAGAAACUAAUCUAGGUAAUUUUAUUACAGAUAUCAUGUUGGCUGCCACUCAUGCUGAUGCAGCCAUGAUAAACUCAGGAACAUUACGGUCAGACAAAAUUCAUGAAAAAGGAGAAUUCACAUUACAGGAUCUGAUGGAUGUUCUUCCUAUGGUUGACCCGUUGGUUGUGUUACGGAUCACAGGUGCUCAGUUGAUGGAAGCUUUGGAGAACAGUGUUUCACAAUAUCCAAAACUUGAAGGACGGUUCAGUCAAGUAUCAGGAAUCAUUUUUGGAUUUGAUCCCAGCAAACCCCCCGGCCAGAGGGUUGAAGCUGGUUUAGUUAAAGUCCAGGAUGAAUACUUAGAUCUGAAAAAGGUGGGUUGCACUUUUUAG